GCCGAGCCGAGCAGGCGGGGAGGGCUGGCGAGCUACGGGGCCUCUCAGGAAGGAAGCCCCUGGAGGAGCCCCAGAGGAAAGGUCUCCCUCUUGCCGGGGAGGCUCGCCACCCCGGCUCCCCCCCCUCUCUCACCACGGGCCGUUAUUUCCUUGCUGCAGGAAGAAGGGAAGGAAGUUUGGCGGGGAGGAGCCGCCUCCGCGCUGUCGUCUCCCGUGCUGAGAGUUGCCGAGGAGGCCGCAGCAGCAGCAGCAGCAGCAGCCGCCCUGCUUGGAGCUGGACAGCGAUUUCUCGCCGUCCCCGCUUUCGGGCCCCUUCGCCGUGAGCGAAUUGUUGUUAUGGCAAUGCGAGUGUUGGGGCAAUCUGGUGGCAGCAGCCUAUUUUCUAGCAAUAGUAACCUUAGCAUGGCACUGUCAAACGACAUGUAUGACUUUUCUGAACUUUCCAAAGCUGAACUGGCAGCACCUCAACUUAUUAUGCUGGCAAAUGUGGCUCUGACAGGAGAAGUUAAUGGCAACUGUUGUGAUUAUAUGGUUGGUGAAGAGAGGCAAAUGGCUGAACUUACAACGGUGGGUAACACCAAUUUUUCAGACAGUGAUGGAGAAGGAAUAGACGAUUCACAAAGAACAGAGAAUGACUCUGAAGGAAUAGAAGAUAUGGAUAUAGACCUUAUUACUCCUGAGGUUCAUAAUGCGGAAGCAACUGGACUAUCAGAGUCUACUGUUCCUCACUCUUGUAAUCAAGAAAAAGUCUUUUCAUUGGAAGCACCAGAUGCUCAGGAGAGCACAGAUGACAAAUGUAAGGGUUUGAAGAACAAACCAUUUCGUUGCAAGCCAUGCCAGUAUGAGGCGGAGUCUGAGAAAGAGUUUGUCCAUCAUAUUCGGGUACACAGUGCCAAGAGAUUCAUUGUAGAAGAAAAAGCUGAGAAGCAUGGCCAGGUUAAAGAAACUGACUCUAGCACUACAGAGGAGGUUGAUUUUUCUAAGGGGCCUAUAAGAUGUGAUCGCUGUGGCUAUAAUACUAACAGAUAUGAUCACUAUCUGGCUCACUUGAAGCACCACAACAAAGCAGGAGAAAAUGAAAGAGUCUACAAAUGCACUAUCUGUACAUAUACAACAGUCAGUGAAUAUCAUUGGAAAAAGCAUCUAAGAAACCAUUUCCCACGAAAAGUAUAUACAUGCUCACAGUGCUCCUACUUUUCAGAUCGGAAGAAUAAUUACGUGCAGCAUAUUCGAACUCAUACAGGCGAGCGUCCCUAUCGAUGUUCUAUGUGUCCUUAUUCAAGUUCUCAGAAGACUCACUUAACGAGACAUAUGCGUACUCAUUCAGGUGAGAAGCCAUUCAAAUGUGAACAGUGCAGCUAUGUGGCAUCAAACCAGCAUGAAGUGACUCGACAUGCAAGGCAGGUUCAUGAUGGGCCCAAACCAUUGGCUUGUCCCCACUGUGAUUACAAAACAGCUGACAGAAGCAAUUUCAAGAAGCAUGUUGAACUCCAUGUCAGCCCUCGUCAGUUCCUUUGCCCAGUUUGUGAAUAUGCUGCAUCCAAGAAAUGUAACUUGCAGUAUCACAUCAAAUCCAGGCACCCGGAUUGCUGUGAUAUCACAAUGGAUGUCUCAAAAGUAAGAUUAAGAACUAAAAAGAAUGAGGUUAGCACUUCUGAGAACAUUAACACUGAGAGUAAACCAGAACAGGAACAAACAAAGAAAGAGUUGACUGAAAAGAAAAAUGAGAGAGUUGUAAAGGAAGAGAAGAAAGAGAGUUUGUCAAAAGAUAAGAAACCAACUAGUAAUGCGAGUGUAGGCCAGAUCACAACAAGAAGCCGCAAAAUAGUUAGUGAAAGAAAGGAAGAAAAUGUAAAAAUUGAAAAAACUAAUAAAACUAAGAAGGCAAAAAGAAAAGCAGAGAAUAGCUCUAUUUCAUUGACAAAAGAUUUAUCAACAGAUAUUGAUGUAAUAGUGAGAAAGAAAAAGAAAACUGAAAAACUAUCAUCUAAGAGUCAGGAUGAAAGCAAAUCGGAGGUGACCAAAAAGUCAAAUUCUUGUCUUAAGAAAAACAAAAAAAAGAAAUAUUUGAAGAAUAAAACUGCUAAGAACAAUAACAGUUCUGAUAGCAAAAAGAUUGCAGAUGAAGCUUCUGUUAAUAAAGAAUGUUUUCUUAUUCAUGAAAAACAAAGGAAGACAUCUGAUACUUCUUCCAGUGAGCAGGAACCUGUGCUUCCCAUUGAUGAAGAGAAUCAAUUUGCACCUGAAAAUAACAUACAUCAAGAGCUACAUGAACAGCAGGUAGACACAGAUAUCCCAGCGGAGAUGAAAAACCAAGAAAUAUUUACAGAGCAAGAGGAGAUUGCAAAAGAUGUUUCAGAGAAUAACACUGAAACAGGACUGGCAGUUAUGCCUGGGACCAGCUCUGUGGAUUCAAAUGCCACCAUGGAAAAAGAAGCAAAGGACAUUUUACCAGACUUAUGCCAAGAUAUUCAGAUGACACAAACCUGUGAGAUAGAAAGUGUGACUGAUCCAGAUUUAGUGCAAGAAAUACGGUCAGUGCAAACAUGUGACAAAGAGAUAAUGAGUAAAGAACUUCAAGAUGAUUGUUCUACAAAACAAUUACAGGCUGAAGACCCAGCAGGAGCUCAACCUCGCCAAAAUCCAGAAAAACCUGAACACAAUCCUGGAGCAGAUUUGGCUUCAUCAUCACCAAGUGGCACAAUAGUGAAUGAAAAUCAGGAUGUGGAAGAGGAUGAAGGUAUCCAUAGUCAUGAUGGCAGCGAUAUAAGUGACAACAUAUCAGAAGGAAGUGACGAUUCUGGAUUAAAUGGUGCUCGGACGGCCCAAGAAAAAACAGGUCAGAAAUCAUCCCAAGAAGUAGCAGAGGCUAAGCCUACAAAGGAGAACUAUGUGUGUAUAUUUUGUGACCGGUCAUUUAAAAAAAAGGGUGAAUACAGUAAGCAUCUGAAUCGACAUUUGGUAAAUGUAUACUAUCUUGAGAAGGCAACAAAGGAGCAAGAUUAACCAAACACAGUUUAAUGACAAUUUAUUCCUUUUUUGUAAAAUCUUCUAGAGCUUAGGUACAGUUCUUGUAGAAUCUUUGCUUAAGCUCAGUUUGCUUUUACUAUUAAGUUGUUGGUUGGUUAUUUCCCCCAACCUUUGAAGAAAAGUUGAACUAAUUAACUAUCUGUUUCUCUUUGAUUAGAGAAGCCAAAUGGGAUAUGAAAUGUUGUGGCUUACAAAGCUGUCAAAAGUCCUUGAGAUAAAGUCCUUGAAUCACUUGCAUGUUUCUGUUGAUUUGCAACAGAUAUAUAUGUACAACUUCAUAGGUUUAGGAAUGGACAGCCCAGGGCAAUAUUCAGGGGAGUUGCUCCUGUACAAGCUCUUUAGGAAUGAGCUGAGAAUGCUUAGAAGUAUGCAAAACCACUGUCAUGUUCUUGCAGAGGUCUAUUUCCAUAGAGCUUGAAAUGUAGGUGGAAUCAGUUGAUUAAGUCCCAAGUCUGUGCCUGUCCAUUUAACAAAUUGCAAGGAGAAAGUUUAACCUGAAAAAGUCACGGAUAUAUUCUGUUCCUCUCUUUCCCUUAAUAAUUGGAGAAAGUAAAAUAUCAUUCAGAGUUUACUUCAAUAUGCUAUAUUUCUGAUCACCUAGUCUAGAACUCCUUCUUGAGUCCCAUUUAUGCAUACUUGCCACAGUAUAGAAUUAUUUUACUGCCAUGCAGUUCUGUGCCAUUGUAAUAGGUGAACACGAGAACUACAUGGAUAAGAACAAUUGUUUGAAUACAUCCGAUAUGUUCAAGUGUGCUCGUAUGUUUCUGAUUAUCAGAGUACUUGCCAGUCCCCAAGUGGGGAUGUUCUAGAUAUAGAUUGUGUAGUCAGGGAAGCACCAAUUUUAAUACAUUAACAGCUUAUUCCAUGCAGAACCUCUUCCUUGAAAAGGUGAGCAUGAAUUUUGGAUAUAAAAUCCUGAGGCUGUUUAUCAAUGGUUAAUAACUCCUUGAAAAUUUGCCAAGUACACAGGCCAUCUUUGCUAACAAAGUUGUUAUAUAAAUGGAAUCUUAGAAAUAAAAAAUAUAUAACUUUGAUGUGCCUAGUAGAAUCUGUUUUGGUUCUUGUUUAUCUUAAUGUGUUAGUAGGGUGAGUGCUUAAAAAAACUCAGCUGUACAAGAAACACAAUAGCUUAUUUUGUAAAAAGAGCACUUUCGGGAAAAAAAAUGAGGUUCACUAGCGGUAAAAAAAAUUCAUGAACGUAUUUUUAAUUUGCAUAUACAUUUCAGGUCCCCCCAAUCAUGAUCAGCAAGCCAAAAUCUUGAAGUUCUUUCCAUCUAUUGAUUGGUGAAUCCAUAAUUUGGUAAAUACUUCUUUAAAACAAGGUCAUUUCCUUUUGUGCUUUAAGAUGAGAAAAAUGUUGCACAUAAUUGUUUUAUCUUUACCUAUGCAGUUUAAGUCUUUAGGAGUUUAGUAUUUUUGUUGUAUAUGUACAUUUUAUAUAUGCAUGUUUAGUUUUGUUAAAUCAGUUUCUUCCCUUAAUGUUGACACUUUCAGAUUUGUUGCUUAUCAUGGCCAGUAUUGUCUGCUUCUUUUGACUAUAACUUUCUGAUUCUAUGUUGGUUGAUAACCUAUAAAAUUGCUUUAAUACUUUUAAUUAUAUCAUUUUGGACAAAUAUUUCUGUACAUUUUUGAUUUAACUGUUAAGAGUUGCACAAAUAAGUCACAUGUUCCUACCAUAUUAGCUUCCAUUGAAUUGUGCAUGAUGUCUUUAUAGGGGGUGUUCUAAUGAAAGUUCUGAACUUAUCCUUCUCUUAAGAAGGCUAUUUAAACUUAAAUCCACAUAUAAGUUUCCAUUUAGGAGAGCUUUCGUUAUUAGAAAAAUUAUGGAUCCAGCCCAUUGUUAUUUGUAUAUAUUCUGUUUUAAUAACACUUUUGCUUUUUGCAUUAUAAAUAUUUUUGCCAUUCUCCUGCUGGGGAAAAAUUAAAAUAAAUACAAUAUACAUUGGGAUUUGUCUGUCACCUGUUUCUUUUAGAGGGGCUUAUGUGAAACCUUUCUUGGUGAAUUUAAAAGUAUCAAUAGAGGUAGUUAUUUGGUUUUAAGACAUUGCUAGCAUUAUAAAUGAAAUAUCCACUGUAUUUCAUAAUUAAUUAAUACAAAAAUGAAUGGCUUGGACCAUAGCUCAUAUUACAUUAUGCUUUUUCUCAAUGUGCAUUUAUUUCAGUGAGUGUUAAUUAUAGUUUGCUAGGUGAAAUUGCCUUGAUAGAAUAAAUUGUUCAUUUCAAAAUUUAUAAAUCAGAAAAAUCCUGAUAAGCAACAAACCUUGAAAAUGUCAGUUGUAAAAAUUUCCAUUGCCAUUAAAUCAAGUUCUAAGCAUCCUGAUCCUUUUUACAAUUCACAUAAAGAUAAAUUGAAAUGAUCAGACAUCUGAAGAACAAAUGUUCAGGCACAGGGAGAGAAGCACAACUUUAUUUUAAAGACUUUUGCUUGAACUUUCUGAAAACACAAUGAAAAGCUACAGAUAGCAAAACUGAGCAUGCAACCUUUCAUUUUUGUUCAUUUUCAAAUAAUUUUUGUUUUUUUUAAAUUUAUAGGUGUAAGUUUAUUUUCCAAUGCAGCAAAUUAGCAGAUAUGAAAACUAUUGUCAAAGUCUACAAUCUGCUGUGAAGCCCCAUUGCUGUAUUCUUGAAUUGUGUUGACUCAUGUCUUAUUGUGUGUGCAUGAGAAUCUCUUGAUUAUAUUUCCAGAUGGCUCUCAAGAGACUUUUAUUUGCUGCUUCAGAAAUACUGAAACAAACUAUAUUUAAUUUUUCCCCUUGAAGAAAGCUGAUCUUGCAUUAUAGUUUGGAUUAUAUUUAAUUUUUCCGUAUUCCCUUCUCUUUUCUCUUGGAAAUGUUUAUAGCUGUUUCAAUAUAAUUAGACUCAAUUGAGAAACCUAACACUUUUGUGGAGGUGUGGAUGGCAGAUUUGCAAUAGAGGCCAAAGAUCUGAGGGAGAAAAACCCUUUAGGACAAAAACAAAUUGUGUAGUAUUAGUUAUUUGUGUGUGGAAAACUAUGUCAAAAUUUACUUCGCUGUGACAAUCAUUGUCAACUGAGAAUCAAGUUGCAACUAUAUUUAUGUUGAUCCAUUAAACAUUGCAGAAAUGUCUUCCUAACCAGUUAGCUAAAGUAGCAUUAUUCACAGUUCUGUUGACGGUUGUAAAAUAUUGUUUUAUAUGAGAGUUGGACAGAGACUGGAAACUCCAUUACUCUGUGGACUUAUUUUUAAUGUCUUCCUAUUUUAAGAGAGAUGCUUCCAUUUUGAAAGAGCCUUUGUGGCCUUGGUCUACAUUUCUAGCAAUUUUUUAAAAACCAAGUUGGUUGGAGAAAAAAAGGCAGAUAUGUAGUAAUAGUGUUAAUCACAUCAGAUACUUUGAUGUAUUAAAAUGAUAUAUGACUUGAAAUAGGUACUAGAAAAUGAUUAGAGAUAAAGGUUUCACAGUAGAAGGGAUUAGAAAAUAGUGCCUGUAUUCCUGAGCAUGAGAAUGCAAAGGAAUGAAGUGUUAAAAGAACAAAUAUGCCAGUGAUAUUAUGAUGUGUCCCGAGAUUUAUUGGCUUUAUAACUAUCAUAAAUCCCAAUAUUACCUGUUGUCUGUUUAGAAGAAGACAGAAUUACAUGUUUUAAGGUAUGCCAGUAAACGAUGGAAUGUCACUCCUAUCCUCAUGUUAGACGUAGCUAAUGGAUGAAUAAAUUAGGGUUAAAAGUAUACAUAACGUAAUCUAUGUUUGCUUAAGGUAGUUAUUUCUUAAACUGAACAUUAAGAUUAUAAGAAUUGUGGAUAGUUUUCCAGCUUCUCCUUACUUAAAGAAGGCUUCUUUUAGCAGCAGUGCUUAAUGCAACAUCUCAACUUGACAAAUACUUUAUUAAUAUAUCAUGUUGAGCACUAUAGUUAAUAGCACUGUUAGUAUUUGUGGAAACAAAUACUUGAACUAAAUUCUACAAAUAAAUUAAAGGAUAAUCAGGAGCUUGCAAUACAACUGAAGACUGCUGCUAUCUGGAGCUUGAUUUAUACAUAAGGCAGGAGCGUCAACCCUGUUUAAUGUGAGGACUGCAAUUCAUAUCCACAGCCAGCUGGAGGAAGAAGAAUGCUUUCCAAUGAUUCAUAGGUGUCACUGGAAUCAACAUUAUUUUUCAACCCAUUUAAAGCCUUUUGGAGGAGAUCUAAGAGAGAAUGGGAGCAGGAGGCAUCACAGUGGUAAAUUGCUCCAGUUUUCACUCUUAUUUCCCCUAGUGGU